AUGGCUGAUUUGCGCUUCGCUGCUUUGCCUGGUUCCAUUGCUUUGCUGUUAGACAAGAUUCACUCUGUUCUACUAUCGCCUGGCUUCGCAAAAGAUACAACAUCUGCUUCACUUUGGAAACGCUUGGAAUCGUCACUGGCGAGUAUUAGCUAUGUGAUUCACGACGCAGUGGAGCCACGAUGCAACAGUCACGGCGUGUAUGCUUGGCUUCUGAGACUGGAAUAUGCUGUCUACGACGCAGAGGAUUCUGUGGAUGAUAUUUUAUUUGAACCCGCAAGACUCGAAGUGGAAGCUAUAGCUCGGAACCUCAAAUACCAGGCACUAAGGUGCCGCGAUGAAUUUUUCAGCUCCUUACGUUUAGUUUUAUCACUAGAUGAGAAGCCAAUAUGGAUUAACGGAAACCUUGUGGAAGAUAUUGAUGUCAUUGCUAAAGAAAUGGAUAAAUAUGGCUUCAUAAAACGAGAAACGCGUGAUGAAUUGCGAUUAUCAGACAGCUUGCCUGCUACUUCUUUGCUAGAUGAAACCGCAAUCUAUGGCAGAGAAGAAGACAGGAGUAACAUCGUCGGCUUGUUACUAUCAGGGGAUGAGAAUCUUGAUGCGAUUGCCUUAGUUGGCACGGGUGGGUUGGGGAAGACCACCCUUGCGCAGCUUGUAUACAACGAUGAAAAAGUGAGAGCGCAUUUCGAACUAAAGGCAUGGGUAGGUGUUCACACGGACUUUGAGGUUGACAGAAUCACCAGGAUAAUUCUUAAGGCCCCCACUUUCUGCAGUAUUGAGGGUGACAUGUCACUUGAGCUCCUUCUUGAUAAAUUGAGUGCAAGCUUGGAUGGAAAAAAAUUUCUCCUUGUCUUAGACGAUGUUAGGAAUGAGGAUAUUAAUAAGUGGAACGAUCUAGAAACUUCUCUCAAAUCUGGUGCAAGGGGAAGCAAGAUCAUUGUUACUACACGCAGUCAGGGAGUUGCAGAUUGUCUGGGCUGUUCCAUUCGCUAUCAACUAAAUCCAUUGACAGAGGAUUCUUGCCGGUCCUUGUUGGCAAAGUCUGCAUAUGCGGGGAGGGAUAGAAGUGAAAUUGCUAUGCUAGAGGAUAUUGGCAUGAAAAUUUUGAAGACCUGCGGCGGUAUACCUUUGUCCGUAAGAGUAAUUGGAGGGCUCUUGCGUUUCAAAAAGAGCCGUGAAGAAUGGUGCCAUGUCCUGGAGGACCUGCGAAAAGCUAAUAACCAUGAUUCAAUUUCAUCAAUUGUACUCUUGAGCUAUUAUCACCUUCCUGCACUGCUAAAGCUCUGUUUUGCUUAUUGCUCGUUGUUUCCCAUAGAUUAUGAGUUUCACAAGGAAGAACUUGUUCUCUUGUGGAUGGCGGCAGGCUUUCUACAAAUGUCUAGUGGCCAAUCAAUGGAAACGGUAGGUGCUGAAUGCGUUGACGGUUUACUGAAGAGGUCAUUCUUUAUACCAAUUGACAACUCACACUUUAAAAUGCAUGAUCUUAUUCAUUGUUUUGCUGAGGAUGUAUCUAAAGAACUUUGUCUCAGAUGGGAAUCAUCCGAUCAAGCAGCAAAUCCUCAAAGGAUUCGCCAUCUAUCAUUGCUAAGAAACGAACGUGACAUCCCUGAAAUGUUAAGUGUCGUUCUUCAUUGGAACAGGUUAAGGACCUUCUAUCUGAUAGAUUCUCGAUCUUGUCAAAUAAGUCCUCAAGCAUUGAAGGAUAUUUUUCCAAGAAUACGAAGGUUACGAGUCUUAUCCCUACCUCAUUUUCCACAUGCUAAAUUGCCCCAUUCAAUAGGAAAAUUGAAAUAUCUACAUUACCUAGAUGUCUCUCACAGUGCAUUAGCAAGCUUGCCUGAAUCCUUGUCUACUCUCUACUUUCUACAAACAUUGAUAUUGACAAACUGCUAUUCUCUUCUUAUGCUACCCCAAGGCAUAGUCAAGCUUGUUAACUUGCGAAAGCUCGGCAUUAAGGGAGCUGGCUUGAUGCAGAUGCCAAAAAAAAUGAGCAGAUUAACAAGCCUUCAGAGUUUGACUAAUUUUAUUGUGGGCCACGGUGGGUCAAGCAUUAAAGAACUGGGGGCACUUCCAAAUCUCCAUGGAUCGCUGUCUGUUUCAGGGUUGCAGAAUGUAUCUUCUCCUUCUGAUGCAUCGGGAGCCAAUUUGAAAGCUAUGCUAUAUCUUGAUGAACUAGAGUUGGAAUGGAGCUGUAACAAUGAAGAUCCAGCAACAGAUCAGAAAGAAGUGCUAGAGAAUCUAAAGCCUUCUGUGGAGUUGAAAAAGCUUUCAAUUCGAUUUUAUGGUGGUAAAGAGUUUCCAAAGUGGUUGGGAGAUUCUUCGUUCUCGAAGAUAAUUUCUUUACAUCUCAGUGACUGUAUUAACUGCAAGUCAUUUCCUCCACUUGGGCGGCUGUCAUCCCUUGAACAUCUCAUUAUUGAGAGGAUUGGAGGAAUAAAGAGCAUUGGCCAUGAAUUCUAUGGGGUAGAUGUAUAUGGUUGUAAACCUUUUCAGUCCCUUAAGACUUUAAAAUUUGUGGAAAUGUCACAAUGGGAAGAAUGGAUACUACUUGAAGUGGAUGGCCAAGAAUUUCCCUGCCUGGAAGAGUUUUAUGUUAUAAACUGUCCACUAUUGAAAGGGGAUUUACCAAAGAGCCUUCCAGCUUUGGUAAAACUGGAGAUCUGUAAUUGUGAACAGCUAGAGGCUUCACUUCCACAGACUUCAGAAUGUUGUGUACCGAAGUUAGACAACUGUGACGAGGUGGAGAAGAGAAGUAAUGAUAAUCAGACAGCACCUUCAUCAAGGGAAGAUGGAAAUCAGCAGUUUUCUACCUCCAUGGGUAGCAUUAAAGAUCUUCAUGAAUCGUUGUCUAUUUCAGAGUUGCAGGAUGUAUCUUCUGCUUCUCAUGCAUCAGAAGCCAAUUUGGAAGCUAUGCAAUAUCUUGACGAACUAGAGUUGGAGAAGACUCCUCAAGAUAAGACACUGCCAAAAAUUGAUGGUGAAAUUUGA